CGCAAUUAAGGCGCGCCGGGGAAGUGGGAGAAGAUGGGGAGCACGCGGGGCCUCGCGAACCAGGCUGGGCUUCUUUUGCUGACGUCACCGGUGUUUUGGGUGGGUUGACUUCUCGCGCGUCGCGAUGGCCUCCGUUGUGCUGAGCGAAGCGGAGAAAGUGUACAUCAUGCACGGUGUCCAGGAGGAUCUUCGAGUUGAUGGCCGUGGCUGUGAAGAUUACAGAUGCAUUGAAGUUGAAACGGAUGUUGUAUCCAAUACAAGUGGUUCUGCUCGAGUGAAAUUAGGACACACAGAUAUACUGGUUGGAGUAAAAGCAGAAAUGGGGACUCCUAAGCUGGACAGACAAAAUGAAGGCUACUUGGAAUUCUUUGUGGAUUGUUCAGCAAAUGCCACUCCUGAAUUUGAAGGCCGAGGCGGAGAGGAGCUUGGCACAGAAAUUGCAAACACUCUCUACAGAAUAUUUAACAGUGAAAGCAGCAUAGACUUGAAGUUGCUUUGUAUUAAUCCCAGAGAGCACUGUUGGGUGCUUUAUGUAGAUGUCUUGCUACUGGAGUGUGGUGGCAACUUGUUUGAUGCUAUCUCUGUUGCAGUCAAAGCAGCGCUGUUCAAUACCAGGAUACCCAAAGUGUGUGUCUUGGAGGUAGAAGGAGGACGGGAAAUUGAACUUUCUGAUGAUCCCUUUGACUGCAUCCGUCUUAAUGUCGAUAAUGUGCCCUGCAUUGUUACACUGAGCAAAAUUGGAUAUAGGCACAUAGUGGAUGCUUCCCUACAGGAGGAGGCGUGCUCUUUGGCCAGCCUCCUCAUUUCUGUGACCAGUAGAGGUGCCCUGACAUGUGUGAAGAAAGUGGGAAGAGGAAGUCUUGAUCCAGAAAGUAUAUUUGAGAUGAUGGAGACAGGAAAGAGAGUAGGCAAGUGGUUGCACAGCUCCUUGCAAACUGUCUUGGAUGAAGAAGAGAAUCUGGGAACGACACGCAAAAAAGUUGGAUUCUUGGGAUGAGCUUCAUUGUCACAUCCUACUGGAUGGAAAUCUAGUGAAUGUUUUUAUUUGUGAGUGUAUGUUUGUUUUUUUUACAAAUAAUGUAAUGUAUAUUCUUUAAAUAAAGGUUUUUUCCUUCAA